CAGGCAGGAGGGCGAGGCCGCAGCGGGCCUUGGAGCCCUCGGCGCGCGGCGCGCGGGCUCAGCCUCAGGGAGGAGGCCAUGGGCUGGGUCAGCCCCACGCUCCUGCUGCCCCUGCUGCUGGGGGCGCAGGAGUACCCAGUCUUGCAAGCCUGUGGGCAGCCCCGGGAGUCAGCGCGGAUCACGGGAGGCCAGGCCAGCAGGAUAACCCGGUGGCCGUGGCAGGUCAGCCUACAGUAUAAGUACUACCACCUAUGUGGGGGCAGCCUCAUCCAUUCAGAAUGGGUGAUAACAGCUGCUCAUUGCUUCCAAAAGAAAAGAAAAAUUAGACAUUGGACGGUUUUUGCAGGCUCAACUACUCUCCUACCACCACUAUUUCCCUUAAAUCGUCCCAGACGUUAUUCUGUGGAAAAAGUAAUCCUUCACCCCAAAUUCUCUGGUAGGCCACCCAAGGACAUCGCCUUGGCAAAGCUGAAUUCACCAGUUCGUUUCAAGGAGACCAUCCAGCCCAUCUGCAUCCCACCUUCCAUGAUGUUCUUUGAGAAUGUAACCAUGUGCUGGGCAACAGGCUGGGGAGAAAUAAACGAAGAUAUACCAUUGCGGAGACCAUGGAUCUUACAGGAGAUACAAAUACCCCUCAUUGAUCAAAAGACCUGUGAAAAAUACUACCACAUGGGAAUGCCUUUUGUGGAAACACCUGUGAUAUAUGAUGACAUGCUAUGUGCUGGAUCUUUACUCGAAAGGAAGGAUUCUUGUCGGGGUGACUCCGGGGGACCUUUGGUAUGUAAAGUCAAUGAGAUCUGGUACCAAGCAGGAAUUGUGAGCUGGGGGGUAGGUUGUGGUGAUCCCAGAUUUCCUGGUAUCUAUACCAAUGUCAGUUUCCACACUGACUGGAUCAAAAGUGUAAUUAUGUCCAAAAGCUCCACUCAGUUUCCAACUGAUGUCCUCCCUCUCCAACUCCUCCUCCUCCAUCUUCUGCUGUACUAAUCCGACCUUCCUGAGACCAUUCCUCAUGAAUACUGUUUAAGAAUACUCCAUGAUUCGAUUUAAAAGCUGGAAUGGGCAUGUUCCCCAGAGCUGGGCACUUGAGCCAAGACCUUGCUUGCUUCUCUGAAAAGAUCUUUAAAAGGUAUUUGAAGAUUUUCAGCCCUGUGCCCAAGGAGAAAGAAUUCUAAGUAUUGGAAGGGAGUCGAGAUGUUAUCAGGAAGAUUGGCAAGCAAAUGGAACUACAGAAGAACGGACAAUCUGUUUAAUGAGGAUUGACUGUUUCAAUAAAGGUUGUUGGAUUUUUUCAUGCUAAUAA